AUGCCCCAUACCUCAUACCCCAUUCCUAAUACUCCAUUUCCCAUUUCCCAUACCCCAUACCCCAUUCCCACCCCAUUCCCCACGCAGGUAACCAAAAUUGUUCUACCUCACAAGCUAAGGUAUUUGGAGAACAUGUUAAAUGCAGAAGUCAUAGCGAAGGCCGCUAAAAUUCGACAAAGGAUUGAGGCAAAUCCCAACAUUCAAGAUGGUGACAAAAGUUGGCCACUACUAUUGGCCAAGUACCAAGAGGACGAGAAAAGAAACAUCCCCUCGUAUUCAUAUAACAGUCUUUAUGGACGACGAAUGCCGAACUUCUAG